AUGACGGAAGACGAGAUCGAACGCCUCCUGGCGUUUCCAUAUGACGCGAUGCCUUCGACCACGACCACAGCCAUCAAUGCGCCAGAAAUACCGCUGUUGUCCAUGCCGCCCUUCUGGGCAUCGGUCAGUCCAACCCGCCAGCAGAACGUUGCUCAGCCUCCGGCUCCCGCAGAUGGCCUUUAUGCAGAUCUGACCAGCGCACACGCGGCACAACUUGCUGCUCAGACACUCACCGCUCCGGCGCCUGUUCUUCAUCGCUCGUCGUAUGACUACGCGGCAGGGUUCCAACCCAACGAACAAUUCCUGCAGUCUCUUGCUGGCGGUUCUGGCCAUCACGGGGUUGGUAUGCCCAACUCUGGCUUGACGUUGAUGCCGCCGCCAUUGCAGCAGCACCAGCAGCACGGAAUCACGUUCGGCUAUGGUUGCAUCUUCUGCGGAGCACUCACACCGUACGUCGGGGCAAUGGCCAUAAGCUGGAACUUCCUGGAGGACGCCCGUCCCAGUGCUGAAUACAAUGUAAGGCCUCGAGUAUCUCGAACACAGUCUAUUCAGUCGUCCGCGGCUACUGGUGAAUACUUUUCAGAUUAUGGUUCUGAAGUCUCGAGCAAGCACUCCGACGACAGCAGAGCCAGCUAUGAAACCCCGCCAUCACGAAUAUCGACACCCAUUGUACAACAUCCUACCCAAGUACCUGACAUGACGAUCGGCCACCAAAGGGCAAGUGGUCUGGCGUCCUUUGAGAAUAUGAGUCCUCCGACACCAAAUGCCGACGACGCGCAGUUCAUCCGAUUUGCUAUUGACCAAUUGACUCGCGACGAGGAUGUAUUGGGACGUGGUCGUAACAGCCCGCUUUACGAGAACGUCUCGUCUACUAUCCCACAGCUCUCCCCACAAGUGCCAUACCGACCUGCGCCUAUUGCGGCUCCUCGACCACACACUGCGUUGUCACCGGCAGCACCUUCUUUCCAAGCACCGCGCCGCUUGCAGCAGCAGACGACAUCCGACGAAACAAUGCUGGCAAUCGAACCACCAGAGGGGCAAAGAUGGGGCGACCUUGGCUACAAGCCCCGGCCACUACGUCCCCUCUGGCUCGGGUUAUUCUUGCUGGCAUCCUUAUUAUUCCUUGCCGGGCUCAUCUUCUCGAAUGUUUACGCUUCACGAAAUCAUGGCUUGUACGAUUAUGACGGAUUCACGACACCGAUAUACUUUGUUUUUCAAUACUUACCCCAACUACUGGGCACAUCUUUAAUACUCUGGCUUUUCUCGAUCGAAGCUGCGAUCUAUAGAAGCGCUCCUUAUCUCAGCAUGUCGGACGUUCGAACUCAGGAAUACGUCUUGCAAGACUUCUGCGCAACGCCACGCAACUUUCUACUACCUGAUCUAAGAUGGUUUCGCAUUCGAGAAAAAUGGCUUGGGGCGGCCUUCAUGGUCUUCUGGAUCACGAAUUUUACAAUACCUCUAUUGAGUUGCAUGUAUCAGACGCAGUACGUGACGGACGAUGGACCAGUGCGGUGGAGAUGGACCGCCUCUCAGGCCAUUGGGUGGACACUGGUAGCACUCUACGCGCUCCUUGCGACGGCGAUCGCGUCACUUUUACUGCGUUUCUGGCGUGCGCAGUCAGGUCUGAUGUGGGAUCCAGUCUCCUUGGCGGACCUCUUUGUGCUCUUCUCUCGAAGCAACGUUGCACAGUACUUUGAGAGAACUGAGGUUGCGGAGCAGGUCAGACCUCAUAUACCUGCCAUGUCCUUGAUGCUGGGAUACUGGACCACAUCUCGAACUCCUGACGUCUUCUAUGCCGUUGGCGGUGAUAACGCGCUCCUGAAGAGGAUUUCAGUCGAAGCGAAUCUCACCGAAAAGGAGCCUGGGUCCCAAGAUUCCAGCUUCGAUGUGGAGCGACAACGCUACUCCUACGAUUCCGCCUUCACUCGCAGCAUGCACUCACCAUUUACCCGAUAUCGCCGAAUUCCAUGGUUUUUGCGGGACAUCGCUGUGAUCGCGUGGAUCGUGAGUGCCGCGGGUUUGCUCACUGCCUUUCUGGUGGUAAGCUUUGUCAAUCGUGCGGUUCAGGACGGCUUCAGACCUCUUCUGCCUUCCAUCACGAGCUUGGACGGGUUCUCGUCGUCCAACUUCCUCUACAGCUUCCUGCCAUCCUUACUUGGCAUGAUUCUGUUCCUGCUCUGGCAGCCCAUCGAUGUCUUCUUUCGGUCAGCUCAGCCGUAUGCCAACCUGGCGAGCCCGAGGGGUGCAUCAGCUGAACGCAGCUUGCUUCUAUCUUACCAAGCUAGCUACCCACUGUGGGUGACGGUCGAGGCGAUACUAAACCGAGACUACAAAGUGGCUCUGACCUCCGCUGUGAGUGUCCUCUCCGGUCUCAUUCCUGCUCUCGCCGGCGGCGUAUUCACAGCACAGUUGCUGCAGAGUGGGGACGUGCGCAUGAAGGCCAGUCUACCUGGCUAUUAUGCUCUCUGCGUUUUCCUCUCCAUCUACGCCAUAUCAUUCACGGUGAUCUGGCCCAAGCGGAAGCGCUACCUACCUCACGCAAUCGACACCAUCGCAGAUCAGCUUAGCUAUCUAUACGCAUCGCCAUUAAUGUCAGAGCUGUGGAACGUCCGGACGAAGCCAGACCUCGUGGCACGCUUGGUGGGUACGCCUGCUGGCUUGACUGGAGACUGGCGAGAGAAACGACCAGGAGCUCGUUACGCAUUUGGUGUCUACAUGGGACGCGACGGGAAAGAGCACCUGGGGAUUGAUAGGCUCAGCAGACCAGGUUCUGGAGAGAUGCUGGUUACGACCGGUGUAGCAAGAUGA